GCGACUCGGUUUCUUCCUUGACCAAAUUUCCAUGUGUAAUAUGCAGAAUACAGCCGGAAACUUGUAAGGAGAUGAGUUUUCCCUCUUUUUCUUCCUCCUCAAUUCCGUUCAUCUUAUCGCUUCCUACAAUGCUGAGAAGAAUCCGGUUACUAGCAUGUGUUAUAGCUAUCAGCUUUGUAGUGUGCCAUGAUGCUAAGGAAGAAGGAAACUGUCGGAGGCAUGCUUCAUGUGGAGAUCUUCUAGACAUUCAAUACCCUUUUCGCCUGAGAACCGGUUCUGAAGUUAAUUGCCCCGGCUAUCCAGCUGAGCUAUCGUGCGACCAUAACCGCACCACCUUAAAUCUCUUCAAUGCUACAUAUUAUGUCAAAGCGCCAAUCAACUAUGAGCAUCAUACAAUCCAUGUUGUGGAUCCUGGUUUGCUAAACGAUUCUUGCCCUUUCAGGCCUCUCAACUGGCUAACAAGCGAGAACUUUAGCCAAAUUCCAUAUAGCUAUUAUUACGUUGAUUACCGUUAUCUAUCCUUCUUCGAUUGCUUGUUACCAGUUGAGUCUCCGGAUUAUGUAGAACUGAACUGCAGUAAUACUAACUCAUCAUCUGCCACAACAUCACAUUCUUAUAUUUUGGUGAAAGAUGGGGUGAACAAUCUUCAACCCUCUUGUACUCUGACCGGAGUCGUUAUGGCUUCUGAUAUUAUCCCAGAAGAUGGAAGUGGCCUUUCAGUUUCUUUCAUCCGUGAUCUUUUAAUAAAUGGUAUGGAGCUUUCGUGGGGUGGAAUUCUCCCCCACAACUACUGCGACACCCGAUACCAAUCCCUCUACUGUUUCGGUGAAAGCAUGAAGAAGGAUCUCAUAGAAGCCGCCAAGAUCAUCGGAUGUUUUCUGAUGGCGCGGAUGAUACUCGGCGUUGUUGUUUUGUUGGGUUUCUGUUGCUACAAACUGUACUGGAAAAAGUUCCCCAAGCAUGAAGCAGUUGAAGAAUACUUGCUUGCUUGCAAGAAUCGAAUAACAAGGUACUCGUAUUCGGAUAUUAAGAAAAUGACGAUUGAGUUAAAAAAUAAAGUCAGACAAAAGGGCUUCUGGAAAAAGUUCCUGAACGAUGCAGUUCAAAAGUUAUUGGAUGCAUGCAAGAAUGUUAAGAGAAGAAAGUACUUUUAUUCAGACGUCAAGAUGAUUGUAGUUUCUUUGAAACAACGGAGUCAAGGAGUGUAUUCGAAAAAAUUCCGAAAGGAUGAUGCAGUUGAAGAAUUCUUGGAUGCAUACAAGAAUCUUAUGCCGAGAAGGUAUUCGUAUUCAGAUAUUAAGAAGAUUACAAUCGAUUUCAAAGAUAAACUCGGUCAGGGGGGCUUUGGUUCCGUCUUCAAAGGAGAGCUUUCGGGUGGUCAUCUUGUUGCAGUCAAGAUGUUGAGUGGCUCCAAAGGUGAAGGGCUAGAUUUCAUCAGUGAAGUUGCCACAAUUGGAAGAAUUCAUCAUGUCAAUGUGGUGCAACUAAUUGGAUUUUGUUCUGAGAGAUCCAAAAGAGCUCUUGUUUACGACUUCAUGCCUAAUGGUUCCCUCGAAAAACAUAUAUUUUCGGAGAAGGAAACAGGCGUUGUUCUUGGUUGGGAUAGAAUGCAUGAGAUAGCUCUUGGGGUGGCUCGUGCGAUCGAAUAUCUGCACCAGGGAUGUGAUAUGCAAAUCCUGCACUUCGACAUCAAACCUCACAACAUUCUUCUUGACGGAAACUACACUGCUAAAAUUUCCGACUUUGGUCUUGCGAGAUUUUACCCUAGAGAUCAUAACACUCUUUCUCUUACUGCUCCAAGAGGCACGAUGGGAUACAUAGCUCCAGAAAUGUUCUACAGAAUCCUCGGAAGCGUUUCGUACAAAGCUGAUGUUUAUAGCUUCGGAAUGCUGCUAAUGGAAAUGACCGGUCGGAGGAAGAACUUGAAUGCACAUGCACAAAAUUCAAGCCAAAUAUACUUCCCUUCCUGGAUUUAUGAUCAACUGGACAAAGGAUUGAGUGUUGAAAUUGUGGAUGCCUGUGAGAACGAUAAGAAAAUAGCCAAGAAGAUGAUCAUGGUUGCGUUGUGGUGCAUACAAUUGAAGCCGGCGGAUCGCCCUUCCAUGAGCAAAGUCGUAGAGAUGCUUGAAGGGGAAGUCGAAGCCCUACAGAUGCCUCCGAAACCUUUCUUCUGUCCCCAACAGAUGCCGAUGGAGGAUCCGCAUGGUGGCACGGACAGUGAAGAGGAAACGAUCUCCAUGGUAUAAGGCAAAUGCAAUGCCGAAUUCCACGACUUCCGUGUUGUAUCACGGAUGUCGAGGGUUCUUAGUCUUUCAUAAGAAACAUUUUAAUUGUGUUCAUGAGCUAUUAACUCAAAUAAAUGAAUGAUGAUAAUGGAGUAGGA